AUGGCGUCAGCUUCUACAAGAACUAUAAUGAAGUGGCAAAAUCUUGAAGAAACAAAGCAGCACAAAUCAAUGACAAGGCCAUGUGAGUAUGCUACUUCUUCAAGCUUCCAAGAACAACAAGGUACUAAGAAUGUUGAGGAGGAUAAUGAAGAAGAUUUCUGCUCAAGUGGCUGUGCCACACCAAAGGGUAAAAGGUUCAGAAUACCAGAAGUGUUGACAUGUCCCUCAGCUCCAAAGAAGAGAAGGGUAAUGCCUAAUUGCUCAUCAAAUAGACCCCCAAUAACAUUUUUUGCAUCACCGGAUAUAGAGUUGUUCUUCUUUUCUGCACUCAGAAAUGUUUCAGCUUGA